UAUGAUCUACACACUUCCCAGUCAACCCAUUUUACUUUGAACUGGGAUCUCUGUAUUUGUUUGCAUGGAUGAUAACAGUCUACUGCAUAUUCAUGGAUUCCUCAUACCCCAACUAAUUUGACUCAAAAGAAAAGACAAAAAAAAAGGGGGACUCCAAGUGAUCUCCAGCGGGUUUUUUUUAGGUUUGUGGAAGCUGCAGUUUAGCCUGCCUUGGACAUGGGACCGUGCGUCAGUCGAGAGGGAUCCGGUGCCGGAGAAAGAACAUCUUCCUGAAGGAGGAAAAGCCCGUGUGCGGGAGUUUUUAUAUUAUUAUUUUUUGCUACCGGGGAGGGGGAGCUGUGGGUUUUACGCGCCGGAAUGAUGCGUCCCAACCGCAGCUUCAUCUUGCUCCUUCUGAACGGAACCGCUUGUUUGGUGGCCCUGGGUCAAGAAGACGACUCCUCCAGCCCCAAGAGCUCUUCUGACGACUCCUCCAAGACGGUGGGCCUCCUGAGCGGGCAGACUCCCCUGUCUCCCCUGAGCCGCUGGAUGCUUCACAGUAAGAGCAGAGCUGCUAACACCACCUCUCUGGAGCUGCCCUAUCGCUCCCCGAUUCCUUUCUCCAAGCAGGAGUUUUCUAAACAGGAGUUCUGGGAGAUGUUGGGGAGCGACCUGCUCAAACCAGACGCCUCCAGCUCCAGGGUCAAACGCCGGCCCAUCGUUAAGACCGGCAAGUUCAAGAAGAUGUUCGGCUGGGGAGACUUCUAUUCCAAUAUCAAGACGGUGAGGCUUAACCUGCUGAUCACCGGCAAGAUCGUGGACCACGGUAACGGCACAUUCAGCGUCUACUUCCGCCACAACUCCACGGGCCAGGGCAACAUCUCGGUCAGCCUGGUGCCACCCGUCAAGGCGGUGGAGUUUGACCUGGAGCGCCAGAGCGUGGUCUACCCCAAGGACUCAAAGAUCUUCAACUGCCGCGUGGACUAUGAGAAGGUGGAUCGCAGCAAGCGCACCUCGCUGUGCAACUACGACCCGUCCAAGACCUGCUUCCAGGAGCAGAUCCAGAGCCACGUGUCCUGGAUUUGCUCCAAACCUUUCAAGGUCAUCUGUAUCUACAUUUCCUUCUACAGUACGGACUACCGCCUGGUCCAGAAGGUUUGCCCGGACUACAACUACCAUAACGAGAUGCCCUACCUGCCCUCGGGCUAGAAGACUUGUAGGGGGGAGGAGAGGUGGGAGAGGAACAUGGGGUUGAGUAGGAGUGACUGCAACACGGGGAAGAAACCAGGGCUGUGAAUCGUCCUUAAUGCCGUUGUGGCAGCAAGACACCUUAAAAAAAAACCCUCUCUGUAGCCUGACUAUUGUAAGAUGUAUUUAACAUAUAUGCAAAACAAAAAGUACAGUAUGCAGAUAAUGAGGCAUUUGGAAUGUGUAACUGCAGCAUUCAUUAACUGGACUGGUAGUGGAAAUCAAACACGCUCAUUCUUAACCUCAAUCCAGUUUCUAAAUGCCAACUUCUCUCAUGCCAGCUCAUUCUUUGUCCCAUUAAGUCGUUUGUGGAUGUUGUCGGAAUGUCUUUUCAAUCACCCCUUUACUAUAUAGUCGCAAGACAGCAUUUUCAGUGAAAGUGCGCAUUUGAAAGCUGCGAUACGAUUCACCCGAGAGUUGUGUACAAAUUCAGAGUUUAUUACAAACAUCAUACAGUGUUUAUCAUUGCACAGUGCAAAAUGAUUAAAAACCAGAGGGAACACAAGCAGAGCAGAUGAAUGUAAAGUGGAACCAACCACAGGAUCAUUUAGGUUACACUCAAAGUCUUUUCUUUUGUUAUGUGAACUUUAAAUCCAAGUUCCUCUUCUCAUGCCGCUGUAAGAAUCCCACCAUAACAUUGUCAAUGUGUGGUUUACGUUUGAAGCCUGCCAAAUCUAAUAACUAUAUAUCUCUCAGUUACUGUAUGCCACCUCCAUUUCAAUAAAAGAGGGGGGGGGGGGGGAAGGAGAAAGAGAGAAAUAAUAAAAAUUUGCAAGAAAAAGCAAUUGCUCAACAAAGAUUCAGGGCCAGGGCUUAAGACAAGUUCAGUGUGAGGGAAAUAACUAGAUUCUGCAUAGAGAUAGAAUUGGUCCUCCACAUUUAAGAGAGAGAGAGCGAGGGGGGGUGAGAGCGAGAGAGAUUCAUUGAGCUGUUUUAAUUAAAGUGGAGAAGGAGACUUAGAGUAUGCAUCUCCUUCUAUUGUCCCCUCUGUAUGAAAAAGAUUACAUUUUGUUGCCGUCAGGAUUCCUGAUUUCACGCCUUGAUAACUUUGACUGUGUGAGGCAGAUUGCUCUCUCCCGACAAAUUCUGUGUUCUCUAAAGUCUGCCCGUUAUCUUGAAUAAAUGAAAAUAUUAUCAUAAUAAUUACAUAUAAUUUAAUCUCCUUUAGAAGUAAUUAAGGUUUCAACGAGAGAGGGUGAAAUGUAUUCCUAAAAAUCAAGUCAGCAAGUAGGAGGAUGAGAGGUUCACGUUCACGGGGAGAGUUGUGGACAAAGCUCAGCCCAAAGUUAAUCGCUCUCAUUAAGAUAAAUGUCCACUGGCUGGCCCAUCUCAUGUUUCUCUCAGACAAUAUCAGUACAGGAGUUAUGAAUUAGGUAGCCUGAUAUUUUUUUGGCGAGAGGGCACAAUGACAGUCAGGUGUGCAGAUUUAUUAAACGGUGAGCUCAGGUAACCGGUUUGUUAAUGUGCUGUGAUGUCAGGGAUUUAGCCAAGAUCUGUGCAAGUGCCAAGCGCCCAUGUCCCAGGUGGAGCCGCGCAGCAGUGAGCGGUCACCAUGAAGCCGUCCUCCUGUGGGGGGGGGGGAGCAUAAGGCCAGACAUAAUUGCAUCGCCUUGGCUGUUCUGUGUGAGAUUGAGGAGCAUGAGGAGUAGUAAAAAACACAGUCACAGGGCUAAAGAUAGUAACAAAGACCUGCAAAUCUGCACAUCAAAGCUCAGCGCUUUUCAAUUCACUCUUAAAGAGGGGGUCGCUCCUCUCCAUAUGCCAACUAAUCAUCUUGUGGCCCAGAGCAAAUGGCAGCAGAGCAAGAGCAAGUCUGCAGGGGACAGGCAGCUACACCACCCGCAGCAAUGAUAAAUGCUGUUCAUCUGACGAAGGCAAACCUCUCUCUCUCUUGCGCGUGAUUGUUUUAUUGAAACAGAUUUUUCAUAUAUCAGCCGGAUCUCCUAAAAAUUACAGUCACAUACAACACAACUGCAUUGUCAAUUACGUUUCGAGGGAAACGUUUUUUCUCUCAAGGAUUACGUUUGUUUUUGGCACAUCACAAAUACGUUUGUAAUCGAAGUCAGCGGAAGUCCAGGGAGAAGGUUGUUGGGUCGAUGGAUGUGUCAUUGCAUAACAAUAACAUAACAAACGUACCUUUUUAAAGUCAAACCAUGAUCUUAUUCAUUUAGUUAUGUACGUUUCCCUCGUUUUGUAAUUGAGAAUGCUGUUUUAGGAGACAGGUUUGCACAUAUGCACCGAUAUAUAUGUGUGUGUCUCACAAUCAAGAAUCCUCAAAGAGGGGAAUUUCCUAAAUAUGUGACCAUCAAUCAGAGUCCCAACUAUGAGAAAGCUUGUAAGGACUCAUUCUGAUUCCCCCCACAUCACAAUAAUGCAGUACUUAUUUUUAAAGCGUACAUAAAGAGUCCCAGUGGAACAUGCACUAUAGAUGUGAGUCCUGUCUGCUGAUGAGAUACAAAGCUUGUAAAAUGCACAUCAACCAGCAUGAAUGAACCACUGCCUCUUGCUCUGUUCAUUCAUUUCCUCAUCCUGCAGCUCUCUCUGCCCCUUUCCCCUCCAGACAUCCACGUGUUACUCAACCAUGUGUCCUGCUGUCCUCACGCUGUUGUCCUCUCCCUGUGUGUGACCCGGCUGACUGACCUAAGCCUCCAUACCCUCUCUACCUUGCUUACCCUGGUGUUGAACCCUGCUGUGGGUAGUUCCUCAUUGCUGCUGCUGCCCCCCCCCCCCCGCCCUCCUGCACGCAGUGCUGAGCUGAGCUGAGCUGGCUAAUCUCUGCGAGCUUAAUGCCGAGCCAACGGAACAUCAGCAAGGAGAACUCCCCUCUCUCCUUCUCUAUCUAUCUUUUUCUCUAUAUAUCUAUAUCCCAUCAAACAAAUGUGUGCACUCACAGUCUUAAGAUGUGCUGGUUUAGGUAUUUUCCUCUCUCCUGUUCAAAGCAUCCUACAUAAGCCCCUGGAUUGUAAGGACAUGAAAUCUCCUCGAGAGCAUGCCAACGGAGUGCCCGACACAGAUACGCCUCAGUAACCUCAAUACUCCUCUCCCCGCCUCCUGCAGGGCGUCCGGAGAGAAGAUGGAUACUCACACAUGUUGGAAUCAAAGCUGGGCAACGUUUAGCCCACAGCACUGAACUCAUGUAGAACAAAACAAGGACAUCUCUUGGGCUACAUGCUAGGACGAAGCCCCUCACUGUUCAUUACCGAUCCUCUCAGAUCUACAGCAAUACUCUCACUGAGACGCCACCCUCUCCGCCUCUCCGCGGGGCGAAGGAAGGCUGCUGGACUAAGUUUAAGAGACGAUCACGUUGCCGUGGGAUGGACCGUGUUGUUUUACGGCAGCAGCCUUACUGUUGACCCAUCUGAUGCCAACAGACAUGUGGAAAUGUGGCCUGAGAGAUUGUCCAGUGAGCAGUCCCCUCAGCAAAGAAUAGUAACAAAACUGUCCAAAAUAUAUAUACAUAUAUACAUAUAUAUAUAUAUAUAUAUAUAUAUAUAAAUAUUUAAAUAUAUAUAUAAAUAUAUAUAUAAAAUCUAUGAGUCCUCAGAUCUGAAUAAAGUUGUAUUUAAAUGUGGGUCAUGCAGUGGAGGUUGUCUGUUUUAUCUUUUUGUUCCUCAUGGUUUUGUUUCUCUGUCAUGUGAAUGGUAUACUGUAUGGAUGAUAUGAUGGCAUCUACUGUGGUUUUCAACAUUCUUAAAAUCAAUAAAGUACACAGAAGUACUUAAACC